GGUCCCGCAGGCCUCGUUCGUCCUCCACUCAGCAAAUCUUAUUCGACCACCAUCGCAAGCCUCCGAUCCUCCAGCUCCUCCUCCUUUCUUCUACCUUCCUCUCUGGAGAAUCCUUGCCCCCGCCAUGACUCCAAGUGGAGCAAGGUGCUCGGUAUAUUAACACGAGCCUUAUGCAUGGGAUAUCUGAGAAUGUGCUGUUCCCCAACACCAUCAGUUGAUGCCCUCCCUUCAGAUAUAUAUAUACCUUCCACUGCCCUCUCUGCAAACACCCACCCUCGCACCGCUUGGAAUUUAGAAGCGUAGUGGGCUGACGACGGGGAGAUGGUGAAAUUCUCCAAGCAGUUUCAGGGCCAGCUUGUGCCGGAAUGGAAGGAGGCCUUUGUCGAUUACUGGCAGCUCAAGAAGGACCUCAAGAGAAUGCAUGUCUUUAAUGCUAACAAUGGACCUAGUAACAUGAAACCGCAGCCUGGUUUUGCCCGGAGGCUGGUUUCCCAAUUGAGGAAGCUCCCUCUUUUUGGCCCCGAUCGGCACAAGGACCAUGAAGCCAUUCAGGUCCAUAAGAAGCUCACGAUCUCAGAAAGCAGGGGAGUCAUGUACGAAACCGAAUUGCUCGAGGAAUUCGCAGACACUGAUGCAGCAAAAGACUUCUUCGCGCGGCUCGACCUUCAGCUGAACAAGGUGAACAAGUUCUACAGCGCCAAGGAAAAAGAGUUCCUGGAGAGGGGAGAGUCCCUAAAGAAACAGAUGGAGAUCCUCCUUGAGCUCCAGGCCGCUCUCAAGAACCAGAGAGGGAGAAUCUCCUCGACUAAUGACGCGAAGGAUGAUUCUUCCAUUUCUUGCUCAAUUUCAUGCGAAGAAGACUCGAUAAGGAGCACCAAAGUUGAAGAGGAACAAGACCAGCCACAGGAGAUCCUAUCAAGUGAAUUAGAGAGGAGCCCGUUCGGGUACUCUGACUCUGGUGACUCGGAGAAGGUUCAACUGGAGGAAGUCAAGCUGAGGAGUCUCUCGGCCAGGGUAUUCAGCUGCCAGGGCAAAAACCUAAAGAUCAAGAUACCCUUGACCACCCCUUCAAGGACCUUUUCUGCCUUGGCUUAUUUGUUUAUGGAGGACUUUGGUGGUAACCAAGCAAGGAAGUGUGGCCCUCACAAGCUCAACAUCAACAAGACCAAGCUUCACCAUGCGGAGAAGAUGAUCAAGAGAGCUUUCAUUGAGCUCUACAAAGGACUGAACUACCUCAAAUCAUACCGAACUCUGAACAUGUUAGCUUUCGUGAAGAUCCUGAAAAAAUUUGACAAGGUGACGGGGAAGGAAGUCCUCAACAUAUACCUCAAAGUGGUCGAGAGCUCCUACUUCAAUAGCUCAGACAUGGCAAUGAAGUUGAUGGACGAAGUUGAAGAACUUUUCGCCAAACAUUUUGCCGACGACGACAAGCGCAAGGCGAUGAAGUACCUCAAGCCUCAUCAGCGCACAGAAUCUCAUUCUGUCACCUUCUUCAUUGGUCUCUUUACUGGAUGUUUCAUUGCAUUGUUCGUUGGAUAUUGCAUAAUGGCACACAUAGCAGGCAUGUACACUGGGCAAUCGGACACUAUCUACAUGGAGACCGUGUACCCUGUGUUAAGCAUGUUUAGCCUCUUGUUCCUGCACGUUUUCCUCUAUGGCUGCAACAUCUUCAUGUGGAGGAAGACACGCAUCAACCACACCUUCAUAUUUGAGUUUGCUCCGACCAAAGAGCUCAAGUACAGGGAUGUGUUCCUGAUAUGUGCCACCUCUAUGACUGUAAUCGUAGGGGUCAUGUUUGCACACUUGAGCCUUGUUGCAAGAGGAUACUCUUCCACUCAAGUCCAAGCAAUCCCAGGCUUCCUGCUUUUGAUGUUCCUAAUAGUGUUGUUUUGCCCAGUCAACAUUAUCUACAAAUCUAGUCGCUACUGCUUCCUAAGAGUCAUUUCAAUAGUUCCCUUCCAAGUAUUCAUUUCUCUGUCUAACCCAGUUUCCACUUGCAAAUUUCAGGUGGUCAUGGUGGAUUUCUUCAUGGCUGAUCAACUUUGCAGCCAGGUCCCAAUGCUCAGAAACAUGGAGUAUGUGGCAUGCUACUACAUAACUGGGAGUUAUAGAACACAAGACUACGGGCUUUGCAUGAGAUCCAAGCAUUACAGGGAUUUAGCGUAUGCUGUCUCGUUUCUUCCUUACUACUGGCGAGCCAUGCAGUGUGCUAGAAGAUGGUUUGAUGAAGGAGAAACAAGCCACUUGAUCAACCUGGGAAAGUAUGUUUCAGCCAUGCUGGCUGCUGGUGCCAAAGUAGCUUAUGAAAAGGAGAAGAGUGCAGGCUGGCUUGCACUUCUUGUAGUAAUCUCAAGUGCUGCCACUGUGUACCAACUGUACUGGGAUUUUGUUAAGGAUUGGGGAUUGCUCCAACUCAACUCCAAGAACCGAUGGCUUCGGAAUGAAUUGAUCCUCCGGUGCAAGUUUGUUUACUACUUAUCGAUGGCUUUGAACUUUGUUCUACGGCUCGCUUGGUUGCAAACAGUUCUGCACUACAACUUUGCGAGUUUGGAUUACAGAGUGACUUCAUUCUUCUUAGCAGCCCUCGAGGUGAUUCGGCGAGGGCAUUGGAAUUUUUAUAGGUUGGAGAAUGAGCACCUGAACAAUGCUGGAAAAUUUAGGGCUGUUAAGACAGUUCCACUGCCUUUUCAUGAAGUGGAUCAGGAUUAGCAGACGAUAACACAAGGACUAUGUAUACACCCAGUUCAAGCGUAUUGGAGAAUACCAACUCAAUGAGCAGGAAUUUGUCGAUAAGAAGUCGAUUCUACCAACUUGAUGUCAAGUAUAUUACUUGUAUACAGAAAUUCAUUCCCAAGGGUAUAAAGAAGCCAUCGAGGAUCACUGCUUUGCAUCUCCAUCUUUUUUCUGACUAAUUGGCACUUGCUGAUGGAUGUUUUGUAACAAAUGGGACAACUUUUCCGGUCCUCAUAUUAGAUUAAAUUCGAAUUGUGAACUAUCGACAAGGUUUCUAUAAUGAUCUCUUCUUAGAUCA